AACGCUAUAGCACAAAAGGACAAGUUGCAUCAACUUAUGGACAUGGCUUACGACAAAUUUCGCGUUAAGCUCAGUAACGUUGUUGUUUCCUUGGCUGAGAACGUGGCAAUGGGUCGCGCAUCUUUGGGAGAUAAAGAAAGCCCACUCCAUAUUUUGAAACCAACUGGCCUUGAUAUAGAGAUUCAUAAGUGCUCGAUAGAUGAUUUGAGAUUGCCGAGGUGA